AACUUGUCAUGUUUAACUAAAUGUAUUAACUGAAAAUAGGAAAAAAAAAAAUCAUAACUUUGCUUGUCUUGUUGCCUUUCUCUUGUUUUACUUACAUAAAGCUGAUCGAGUUUUAACUUCUAAUAGAGUUCAAGAGAGAAAAAAAGGCAUGGAGAAGAUGAAGAAGAAGAGUAUAUGCAGUGUUUAUGUUUUGAUGGUUCUUACAGUGUGGUUAACUGAUGUCGGAAUUGAAGGAAGAGAAGUGGCUGUGUUGGAGAAAUAUGAACAACCAAGUUCAGGUUUUGGCUUUGGUUUCACCGAAUCUUUUAACUCCAUUUAUGAUACUUCAAAAUAUGGAAAUUUUCAACUCAAAAAUGGCUUGGCUCUAUCUCCUCAAAUGGGAUGGAAUAGCUGGAAUUUCUUUGCUUGUAAUAUCACUGAAGAUCUUAUCAGGGAAACAGCUGAUGCACUUGUCUCAACAGGCUUGGCAGAUUUAGGCUAUUUUUAUGUUAAUAUAGACGAUUGCUGGUCUGCUGCCAGUCGAAAUUCAGAGGGUCAAUUGGUCCCUGAUCCAAACACUUUUCCAUCAGGAAUCAAAGCUCUUGCUGAUUAUGUACAUGGGAAAGGCCUCAAGCUUGGUAUUUAUUCUGAUGCUGGGGCAUUUACGUGUCAAGUUCGACCUGGAUCGCUUUUCCAUGAAACUGAUGAUGCACAGCUGUUUGCUUCUUGGGGUGUAGACUAUUUGAAGUAUGAUAACUGUUUCAACCUGGGUAUAGAACCAAAAAAAAGAUAUCCUCUGAUGCAUGAUGCUCUAAAUGCAACUGGGCGAACAAUUUUCUAUUCUAUUUGUGAAUGGGGUGUUGAAGACCCUGCCUUAUGGGCUCAUGGAGUUGGAAAUAGCUGGCGUACAACAGAUGACAUUAAUGAUACAUGGGCUAGCAUGACUACAAUAGCUGAUCUAAAUGACAAGUGGGCUUCCCAUGCCGGACCUGGCGGAUGGAAUGAUCCUGAUAUGCUGGAAGUUGGCAAUGGAGGCAUGACUUAUCAGGAAUACCGUGCUCAUUUUAGCAUUUGGGCUUUGAUGAAGGCCCCUCUUUUGGUUGGUUGUGAUGUAAGAAACAUGACUGCUGAAACCUUUGAGAUUCUUAGCAAUAAGGAGGUUAUUGCUGUAAACCAAGACUCACUUGGGGUUCAGGGAAGGAAAGUUUAUGUUGCUGGAGAAGAUGACUGCCUUCAGGUUUGGGCGGGACCUUUGUCUGGCAAUCGCUUGGUUGUCGCUUUUUGGAAUAGAUGUUCAAAAGCUGCAACAAUAACAGCUAUGUGGGAGGCACUUGGUCUUGAAUCUAGCACCAGUGUCUCAGUAAGAGAUUUGUGGCAGCACAAUGAUCUUAAGGAAGAUGUUGUGGCAUCAUUUGGUGCUAAAGUUGAUUCUCAUGACUGUCACAUGUACAUUUUCACUCCCAAGACAGUGGCUCACUCGGAAAUUUAGGUUAUUCAUAUUGGGAGAAUCUGGGGGUUUCCCUUUGUUACUAAGGAGACAGAUACAAUUGAGUUACUGCUUCUUGAAGUGUUCUCAAUGGUGUCAAUGAGAAGUGGUCUGUACCUAAGAACUCUUUCUAGUGAUGCCUUAAAGUACUUCUGGAAAACAAAUAAAUUCUUGUGUGACAUGGGAUGCAUUAAAAAACAGUUGCUUUGAAUGUGGAUAUGCUUGUGGGAUGCUUUAUAGUUCAUA